AUGAUAUCCUUAACACAUAUUCAGGAAAAAAAUCUCAAAUAAAAAGCAUCAAGAUAAUUCUUCCAACAAUCAAUUAGAGCUAUUCUCAAAAUGGAUGCCAUCAAAUUUAUCAAAUAAUUAAAAGUAGAUAUUUAAGGAUUUAUAGAUAUUUUAGUCCUUUAUUGAUAAUUCAGAGGUUUAAGCUACUUUACAUCACGAAAAUAUUUUAAGCAUUAAAAAAGGUUUAUCUUUAUUUAUAUUAAAAUGAGAAACAAGAUGUUAUACGCUGCUGUGUAUUUAAAUUCUUGGAAUAAUGUAAGGCAUUUAUUAAGAAUUAAGUUUUGAAAGUCUUGAUGGUAAUUAUAAGUAUUUAUUUUAUUUUAACAAGAAUUUAAUUGCAAAAUGGGUACAAUCUUCAAAAUUAAAAGUAGAGAUGUUAGAUUUCAUCUAUCAAUAAAGAUAUUUAAUAUAGAAAAUCAAUAUCAUUUAAUUUAAACUUUAGUACUGUUUUCAGAAAUUAUUAAUUUGA